UAGUGGCUAACAAGGUGGCGGUAUGUAGUCGUGCGUGACGGAGUUCAAAAAUUAUCGCGUCUUCAAAACGAUCCUUACCUUCGACCCGAACAUUCGUCAUACGCUCAGCAACAAAAGGCUUUCACUAUUUUCCCAUUAAGGUCUUCAUGUACCGUCAUAUCCUCCGGAGAGCCUUUUCUAGCACUUCUGUUUCUCGUCGAGGUCCUAAUCCCCGUCUCAACCUUGAUCCCAGUCUUCAGGCCCUUCUCAACGAUGUUGACAUCACCUUACUCCAUCAUAAAGCGCAGGACCAGCCGGUAUUCAAGGAACUAGAAGUUGUUCAAGAGGCUGACCCUUUGCUGGAUUACGAAGAGGAUGAAUUGCCCAGUGAAAAGUCCACUCGCAAGUCACCCGCUGCUACAUUUGGCAGCAAGCAAAUUGGUGCUGUAAUACUUCCCUUGGAGCUGCAGAAUGCCAUAAUGGCCUUGAUUGAAGAUGUCGACAAGCACCGAUUACAUGAAGAUGCAAAGCGUCUCUUCCAUCAUACCGACACCCAUAAGUGGGACACAGAAUAUGACGAAAAAUAUAAAUCAUGGGAGCACCGUAUGCGCCACUCGGAGCGAGAUGGAACGGCCUUCGCGAGUAUUGCGCUUCCCGCCCACUACAGUGCCAUUACAGCCGUCUUAUCUCACGUGAAGCAUAGAAUCGGUCCAGAAUGGCUUGUUGAACGAGUCGUUGAUUGGGGGGCAGGCACUGGAAGCGUGUUAUGGGCGGCUCUUCAUGUUUUUCAGAAGCCAGAUAUUGAAAGGCCCGUCGAACAGCUGAAGGCAGCUGACUCAACACUCGAUUCUUACCUCGGAAUCGACAAACGUGACGGAUUGGUCGAAAUGGGCAAGCGAAUCUUGCACGGGAUACCUGUACCACCAAUGUCUGAUAUCUCAUUUCGACGAGGUCUACCUUACCCUUCACUCGACAAAGUCCCAAAUACACUGGCCAUCAGUGCUUUUACACUCUCUGCACAAUCUACUCCUCUUCUCCGGAAAAAGAUUGUUAAGGAGAUGUGGGAUUCUGGUGCGGAGACAAUUGUACUGAUUGACCAUGGCACGAAGGAUGGCUUUACUGCCAUUGCAGAGGGUCGUGAAGCCUUGCUUCGCAUGUCCAGGGUUGGAAGCGAUUCUGUAUUCGACUGGGAGCACGAGGUGCUUAGAGGCGAGGGUGCUGGAAAGGUAGGCGAAGGUGCACAUGUCGUCGCGCCUUGUGCCCACGAUGGAGAGUGUCCUCUACUUGGCACCAAACUCCACUGUAUCUUUGAACAGCGACUUCAGAGACCGUCAUUCGUGAGGAAAACAAAACAUUCAGGUCGCGGGCAUGAGGAUGUAGGGUAUGCUUAUGUCGUUAUCCGUCGUGGACCAAGGCCUCUGAGGGUUCCGUUGAGCGAGGGGUUGGGCCGGAUAGGCAGCAUCGGACGGCGGGAGGCUGAGGAAGAAGCCAAAGAGGUCAGAGAAAUUGUUCUCACUGAGGGUUUUGGAGAGCUUGAGCCACAAGAAGAGCCAUUGCUUGACAAGGAACCACACGAGAAUCUCGUAGCUGCCCUUCGACACGAAUCCUACUCUUGGCCACGACUUGUCUUUCCUCCGUUGAAAAAGGGCGGUCAUAUCAUUCUCGAUGGAUGCACUCAGGAAGGAAAAAUCGUGCGAAUGACCAUCCCAAGGUCGCAGGGGAAGCAGGAGUAUUACGAUGCGCGCAAGUCAGCUUGGGGGGAUGUUUUUCCGCAUGAGCCUAAGAAACCGGGCCAGGAACGGUUCCAACCCAAGCGGGCUAAAAAGGAGGGUCCGGUGGUGGAAGGUGCAGACAUAGGAAAAGGCCGUAGCAAGGAGCAGAAGGGGGAGAACUUGAAGGGUCCGGUUGGAUAUGAGAAAUUGCAAGAGCGAUUGAAGGAAGAUCGAAAGAAGGAGCGGGGUUUCCGACGGGCGAGAGGGGCAGCCAAAAACUACGAUAGUGAGCCUGUAGUAAGCACAUACUAGUCGAUAUGAAAAGCAGUGUAAACAUUUUGUCGAGUCACUCAGUCUUCCAUUAAAUAAUAGAUCUUCCCCCCACUUUUCACUGAAAGAAGCGGCCACUUCGUGCAUCAAACUCUUCCCCCCGGCCGAGUCGUGAAGAAUAUUGAGGUCUGCUUUAUAAUACGUCUUGCAGCCGAGGAGUCUAUUCGAACAUUAGAUCGGGUGAAGAUG